AUGCCACGUGCCCAUAUAUCAGAGCCUGCAGAGGCUAGAAAGGCGAAGCGUGGGAAGUACGCGAAGCUCCAAGAUAUCCAGUACCUCGCCGCCGUGAUCAGAGACCAGGAGCUGGAUCUUCAGAGUCCGUCGAGUCGACCGACAUUCUGGUUCAACGGGAAGGUGUAUCACUACAGCGAAGUGGCGCGACGCAUCCGAAGAGCAAAGAAAUCGGGCAGACUUCCAACUCAGGAGUCCAGGCACUCGCUCGCACAGCCGGAAUGCCUUCAAGUGGUUCCCNCGUCGAUGUACGAAGCGCAAUGGACCAUUCCUAUCCGAUCUGCUGACUAUGCGGCGGAUGAUUGGCAUGGAUUCUCAUAUUCGGCCUCGUCAGAAGAUUAUACAGUCUGGGUUGAUCCCAUGGAAAACGUAUCUCAGGCGUGCCACCAACAGUUGGUGUCCUUGGAUAAUGGCGUGAGAAUCCAGUUCCCGCCGCCUUGUCCUGACGAGCUGCUCGUACCCACAAGAUUCUGCGCCAGCAUCAUUCGGUACUUUCAGGGCGCCAACGAGAACGGUCUAUUUGUCAUCAAUGAUGCUGGGGAGCUGGUGAAUCGCACUUCGGUAGGCAGUUACGCCAACAUAAGUAACUUCCACAAAUGCGCCGUCAUGGCUAUUGACCUGCUGGAACGGGGCUAUGCCAACCGAGGUUUCGUGUUGGUCUCCCAGGCUUUGGUGCUCGUCGAACAGAUUCUGAAGGAUCAAGAUCCGAAGCUCCUCGAUGUUCUCUGCGACGUGUCUAUACUCCUUCUGAGCAAAGGUAUGGGAUCGCUGUACGAAAUAUUGAAGGACAAGAUCUGCGGGAUGGUCAAGAUCAUCGCGGCCAAACGGUGCGGAGAACACCAACCAUGGGCACAAAUAUUCGCGUAUAUAGACCAGAUGCCCAGAUCGCAGGUGGUGGACAAUAUGCAGAGAGGCUGGAUCUGUGGAUUCGACCAACUCGAGAGCGCACUCCAGGAGCAACCAUGGGAAGGACUGAACAUAUCCUGUUCAGUUGAUCACUCGUUGCGAAUGGGCCAGAAUGCGCAGCGUCUUUGGGAUGUCUUGGUCGACAGGACAGCCCGACUCUCGGUCAGCGAGCCCGAGAAGAUGCGGCAGCGACUCGCGUAUGCUAAAGUUCUCUACUUGCAAUGCGACUAUAGCAAAGCUUUGGAGACACUGCAACUCAUUCUCUCGCAGUGUCGAAGAGCAAGACAACAUGACGACCUGAGAUGGAUUGCAAUCGAGAUUGACGCCCUCGAGGUUUCAGCGCGCUGCCAUUUUGCUCGCAGCAAAUCGACUUUGGGCCACGAUGAUGCCUCUACUGCCGAAGUGUUGCUCGAAACAGCCGUUGGAAGGAGUACUAGAACAGAAGGAAUAAAGUCUCCCACAACGAUAGCGCUGCAACACACUUUAUGGCUCUGGCUGAUGGAACAAGGUCGAGCUGAUGAAGCCGCGUUGUUGAGAAAGUCCAUGGACGAUGUCGUGGGAGAGUCUUUGUCCCCAGAUGUAUGA